AGGAAAUUUUAUUCUCUAUAGUCUAUUCUAUUCUAUUUCAAGCAAACUUAAUAGCAAAAUGCCUAAAUCUCCCUUGAAUAGUCGGUUUUCUCAAAACUAAACAAAAAAUGUAUGAUAGUUCUCUCUUUGGUCUCUUGCAAAUGCUAUAUGAGACACUAAAGAACGAGGCGAAAUUCCUAUCAAAUGUUGGCAAUCAAAUCCAAGAUAUUCGAGGUGAAAUAAAUCGAAUACAAUGUUUCUUGCAAGAUGCAGAUGCUAAAAAAACAGAAUAUGAGACAGUUAGAAACUGGAUAGCAGAUAUUAGAGAAGUUGCUUAUGAUGUGGAGAAUAUUCUUGAGAAAUAUAGGCAUAAGAUUACAUUGAGGAAGGAUCGAUCGUUAUGGAAGGAGAAUAAAACUCUACAUAACAUAGGGAUGGAAACAAAAGAUGUUAUAUCAAGAAUUGAUAACAUAAAAAGGUGUAUGCAAACUUAUGUUGAUACUGGAAUAAGAGCUAUAUGUCAAGGAGAGUCCUCAGUAGAGAAAAACCAAUGGUUAACGAGAUCUUACUCUCAUCUUGUAGACGAAGAUUUCGUUGGAUUAGUACAAGAGGUGAAUAAGUUGGUUGUUGAGUUGAUCAAUGAAGAAAAUGAUGAGUUUCAUGUAGUUUUUGCUAUAUGUGGAAUGGGAGGUCUAGGUAAAACAACACUUGCACGAAAGGCAUAUCGUCAUGUUGAUGUACAAAAUCAUUUUCAAGGUUUUGCUUGGGCUAGUAUAUCGAAACAAUGGCAAGCAAGAGAUGUGCUGCAGAGUAUACUCACAAAACUUGAACCUGAAAACAGGAUGCGGAUUAACAUGAUGAUGGAUGAUGAGCUUGUUAAGGCACUUUACAAUAUUCAGCAGAGGAAAAAAUGCCUGAUUGUGUUGGAUGAUAUUUGGUCAACAAAUUUUUGGAAUAGUGUAAAACAUGCUUUUCCUAAGGGGAAAGAGAGUAGAAGCAAGAUUUUGCUGACAACGCGCAAGAAGGACGUGUGUACACACAUAGAUCCAACUUGUUUCCUGUUUGAACCAAGAUGUUUGGAUGCUGAGGAGAGUUGGAAGUUACUUCAUAAGAAAGCAUUCCCCAGAAUAAACACUCCAGAUUUAAAUAUUGAUUUGGAGUUGGAGAGGCUUGGAAAGAAAAUGGUCAGUAAAUGUGGAGGCUUGCCUUUAGCCAUUAUUGUGCUUGCUGGACUUUUAGCUAGAAGGCUUAAAAUCGAUGAGUGGAGAAGGACGUGCCAAAACCUUAACUUACACAUGAGUGGUGAAAGUUUUGAACAAGAUGGAGGAAUUCAUGGUGUCCUAGCUUUAAGUUAUUAUGAUUUACCAUAUCAGCUUAAGCCGUGUUUUUUGUACUUGGGCAACUUUCCUGAGGAUCAAAAGAUUUCUGCGCGAAGGUUGUAUCAGCUAUGGGCUGCUGAAGGUAUGAUAUCAUUGGAAGGUAACCAAGGAGAGGAGACAGCAAUGAUGGAGAUAGGUGAACGUUAUCUGCACGAGUUAGCUCAAAGGUACAUGGUUCAAGUGCAACUAGAGGAAACAACUGGAAGGAUCAAAUCUUGUCGACUUCAUGAUCUCAUGAGAGAUACAUGUUUGUCAAAAGCAAAGGAGGAAAACUUUCUCAAGUCAGUUUCUCCUCAGCAUUUGCAUCAAUCGAUGCACUACUCUUCUUCAGCUAAAGCAACAUCAACACGUACUGUACGUAGACUCUCUAUCACAGUAGACAAUGAUGUUCAGAACUAUUUCUCUACUGAUGAUAAGUCAUUUCAGCAUGUUAGAUCAGCUUUGUUCUUUCCAAGACAGACAGGACGCGAAGGCACAAAAUAUCCCCUGCCUUUAUAUCAAGGUCUGUGCAAUAACUUCACAAUGUUGAGAGUUUUGCAUCUUGAGAAGUUCACUUUUGAGGAAAUUUUACCCAAAGCAAUUGGUAAUUUGGUGCACUUGAGAUACCUGAGCUUAAGACAUUCACACUUUCAAAAACUUCCAUCGUCUGUAGGUAAUCUUAAGUACCUACAAACACUUGAUUUGAGGGUGAAUUUCUUCUCGUACUUAACUUUACCGAAUACUAUACAGAAGCUGCAAAACAUGAGGAAUUUGUAUCUUCCCCCUUCUCAUCUAAACACAUAUAAGUUGGAAUUGAGUCCUUUAAGACACUUGGAAAUACUGAAGAACUUUGAUACACAAGUUUCUCCUUUUCGAGAUCUCUUCAAGCUAACAAAACUUCAGAAACUAGCAGCCGUUCUCUCACUGGACUCAGACGAAAUGGAAGAGGUCAUCACACACCUCACCCUCAGAUCAGGGAGACUCAGGGAAACAUCUUUCCGCAUUUUCUACAGAUUUCAUUCAGAAAAAGAGUUAAACAUUCUGAAACUACUGUUAGGUUGUCAUCAUCUCCGCAAGUUAGAUUUAGUCGGAUAUAUCAUUAAGUUACCAGAACACCACUCCUUUUCACAAAGCCUCACUAAGUUAACCUUGAGAAAAAGUGGACUUGAAGAAGACCCUAUGGUUAUUCUUCAGAAGCUGCCUAAACUAUUUACCUUGUCAUUACGUGGAAACGCGUUCAUUGGUAAGGAAAUGUGUUGUUCUCCACAAGGGUUUCCACUCCUCAAAACUCUUAAACUCCAGGGGCUACCAAAUUUAGAAAGCUGGAGGGUGGAGACAGGGGCACUGCCCAAUCUAGCUCAUCUAGAAAUCGACGAAUGCAGGAAAUUGGAGAUGGUUCCUGAUGGAUUGCUAUAUCUAACUAAAAUAAAGGAGAUAAUGAUUUUAAACAUGCCAGACACCUUCCAAAACAGGCUUCAAGAGGUUCAAGGAGAUGACUUUAACAAAGUUCAGUUCAGGAAAAAUUUCGGCACAAAGAAGUAUUCAAAGAUCAAAUUCAAAAUGCAAAUAUCAGGACCAAUGUUUGGUGGAUUAUUGCAGACCAUUUGUCCAUCAACAGUACCAAAGGAAUGGAAGAAGCUAUAAGAACUCACGGGGAAGAUAUCAUCUAAAAGUUUCUUUAUUCAGGUCAUGCAUUUGUUGAUGGUUGGCCUAUUAUGAUUUCAAGCAAGACUGAACAAAGGAUGGCAAGUGGACAGUAUCCUUAAUUUGCUCAACUUGGAAACAUUUGAAGCAAAAGAUGGGAAAGUUGAAGGCCUUGCUUCUCAUGUUUGCGAGGUUGUACAGUCAGGGACAGAGAAUUAUACCAUUUAUACACAUGGUUAAAAUUAUUUUUGAUGUAUAUAUAGUAAUUGAACUCUCUUUGGCCUCUU